AUGACAGAGAGGGGGAGAGAGGAAGAUGUGUGUGUUCGAGAGAGGAGAGAGAAGGGAGGAAGGGUGGUGUUCAAGGAUGAGAGAGAAGUGAGUGAACGACAGAGAGGGGGAGAGAGGAAGAUGUGUGUGUUCGAGCGAGGAGAGAAAAGAGUGAGUGAACGACAGAGAGGGGGAGAGAGGAAGAUGUGUGUGUUCGAGCGAGGAGAGAAAAGAGUGAGUGAACGACAGAGGGGGGAGAUGUGUGUGUUCGAGCGAUGAGAGAGAAGAGUGAGUGAACGACAGAGGGGGAGGUGUGUGUUCGAGAGAGACAGAGAAAAGAGUGAGUGUGUGGAAAGAGGAAAAGCGAGGGAGAACGACUGAACGAGAGAAAGGAGGAGAGAGGGAGAUUGUGGUGUGGUGGAGAGGAGAGGGAGAUUGUGGUGUUGUGGAGAGGAGAGGAGGAGAGAGGGAGAUUGUGGCGUGGUGGAGAGGAGAGGAGGAGAGAGUGAAAGGAAGGGUGCCGGUAAGCAGUAGGAGACUAAUUAAGGGUUGUGUUGAUGGCCAAGCAGAGCACAGCAUUGACCUACAAACCCUCACUAACCCCCACACCUGCCUGAACACAUUAGGCUGGACAGGCCUAGACCCAGACCUGAACUCAGACCUAAACUUGGACCUGGACAUAGACCCAGACCCGGUUAGAAGAUCAAGAGGGAUGGUGGGGGUCAAAUGAGAAACAGUUAUAAGAGACGACAUAUAAUGUGGGGUCUGAAAUGAUUGACACCCAAAAAUUUGGGAAACUACAUUAUUUUAUACUCAUAAAAUUGCUCAGUGAAAACUAUUUUGUUUAACAAUAAAUAUUUUUUGGGACACCCCUAAAGAUUCUUAUAAAGUAGUAAAAGUUUAGUAUUUGGUCCCAUAUUCCUAGCACCAAUGACUACAUCAAGCUGGUGACUCUACACAUUUGCUGUUUGUUAUGGUUGUGUUUCAGAUUAUUUUGUGCCCAAUAGAAAUGAAUGGUAAAUAAUGUAUUGUGUCACUUUGGAGUCACUUUUAUUGUAAAUAAUAAUAUAAUAUGUUUCUAAACACUUCUACAUUAAUGUGGAUACUACUAUGAUUACGGAUAAUCCUGAAUUAAUUGUGAAUAAUGAUGAGUGAGAAAGUUACAGAGGGUCAAAGAUCAUAACCCCAAGCCAUGAUAACCUCCCCAGUUAUUGGUAAUGGUGAGAGGUUAGCAUGUCUUGGGGGUAUGAUCUUUGACCCUCUGUAACUUGAUGUAGUCAUUGUGUGCUAGGAAUAUGGGACCAAAUACUAAACUUCUGACUACUUCAUUUAUAAGAAUAUUUAUAUCUGUCAAUAAUUUUGACCCCUACCUUUGAGAGAAAAAAGUAUUAUUUGUUAACCAAAAUGUCUUUCUCUGAGCAAUUGUUAUAUUAUAAUAUAUAUAUAUAUUUGAGCAUACAAUACAGCUCAGUAUUUGAAUUAUUAUUCACUCCAGCUAACAGCUCGUCCACUGUCACCACUUCCAUCUGCCGCACAAUGAUGGUCGACACCAGUUUCGUCCUUCCUACCAUCCACCCACCAUCCAUCACAUUCGUUCUCCUCCUCCCGAGGCCUGCCCCAGGGAGUUUACCACAGCCCCCAGCCAGUCUAGGGCAACCAGCCCCCUGUUCCUGUUCAUGGGCGAGGGCAGCCAUCCACAGCGGCCCACAUCACGGACUUUGACAGUAACGAGGGGCGAGGGUGGGGGGGGGGGGGGGGGGGAGAGCAGAGCGGGGGUGUCGGAAGGGUGGUGGAGGGGCGUCAGGGUUCACCAUGGGUGAGUGGCGCAGCGGGACACAGCAUCAGGAGUUCAUACAUUCACACUGCAUAAACAAAGAGAUUACAGAGACUGCAGCGCUAACAAGAAUCAUCACAACAGAGUGGCGCCACCUGUUCUCCUUGCUCCAAUUAGGAGCCCCCUGAAACGAGGUGCCAAUUAGACGGAAAGGGGGAAUAAUGAAAUUAGAACGAAAGAGGGGCAGGGAGGGGGAGGGGAAAAGGGACAGGAGGAGGGAGAGGAAGCAGAGGGGGAGAAUGUGUGCAAGAGAGAGAGAGAUAGAGUGAGAGCCCACUGGGCACACACACUGGUUGAAUCAACGUUGUUUCCAAGUCAUUUCAAUGAAAUUACACUACAAGUCAAAAAUUUGGACACACCUACUCAUUCAAGGGUUUUUCUUUAUUUUUACUAUUUUUUACAUUGUAUAAUAAUAGUGAAGACAUCAAAACUAUGAAAUAUCACAUAUGGAAUCAUGUAGUAACCAAAAAAAAGUGAUAAACAAAUCAAAAUAUAUGUUAUAUUUGAGAUUCUUCAAAUAGCCACCCUUUGCCUUGAUGAAAAAACACGAGCAAUGGACAUUAGACCGGUGGAAAUUUGUCCUUUGUUCUGGAGUCCAAAUUUGAGAUUUUUGGUUGAAACCACCGUGUCUUUGUGAGACGCGCUGUGGGUGAACGGACGAUCUUCGCAUGUGUAGUUCCCACCGUAAAGCAUGGAGGAGGUGUUAUGGUGUGGUGGUGCUUUGCUGGUGACACUGUCUGUGAUUUAUUUAGAAUUCAAGGCACACUUAACCAGCAUGGCUACCACAGCAUUCUGCAGCGAUACGCCAUCCCAUCUGGUUUGGGCUUAGUGGGACUAUCAUUUGUUUUUCAACAGGACAAUGACCCCAAAACACCUCCAGGCUGUGUAAGGGCUAUUUGACCAAGAAGGAGAGUGAUGGAGUGCUGCAUCAGAUGACCUGGCCUCCACAAUCACCCGACCUCAACCCAAUUGAGAUGGUUUUGGAUGAGUCGGAAGGCAGAGUGAAGGAAAAGCAGCCAACAAGUGCUCAGCAUAUGUGGGAACUCCUUCAAAAGCAUUCCAGGUGAAGCUGGUUGAGAGAAUGCCAAGCGUGUGCAAAGCUGUCAUCAAGGCAAAGGGUGGCUAUUUGAAGGAUCUCAAAUAUAACAUAACACUUUUUUGGUUACUACAUGAUUCCAUAUGUGUUAUUUCAUAGUUUUGAUGUCUUCACUAUUAUUCUACAAUGUAAAAAACAGAGCUCACAGGUCACCAUUUGGCCAUAGAGCCAACAUUAGAGCUCACAGGUCACCAUUUGGUCAUAGAGCCAACAUUAGAGCUCACAGGUCACUGUUUGGUCAUAGAGCCCACAGAGCUCACAGGUCACCGUUUGGUCAUAGAGCCAAUAUUAGAGCUCACAGGUCACUGUUUGACCAUAGAGCUAACAUUAGAGCUCACAGGUCACCGUUUGGCCAUCGAGCCAAAAUUAGAGAUCACAUGUCACCGUUUGACCAUAGAGCCAACAUUAGAGCUCACAGGUCACCGUUUGGUCAUAGAGCCAAUAUUAGAGCUCACAGGUCACCGUUUGGCCAUAGAGCCCACAUUAGAGUUCACAGGUCACCGUUUGGUCAUAGAUCCAACAUUUGAGCUCACAGGUCACUGUUCGGUCAUAGAGCCAAUAUUACAGCUCACAGGUCACCAUUUGGUCAUAGGGCCCACAGAGCUCACAGGUCACUGUUUGGCCAUAGAGCCCACAGAGCUCACAGGUCACCGUUUGGUCAUAGAGCCAAUAUUAGAGCUCACAGGUCACUGUUUCGUCAUAGAGCCAAAAUUAGAGCUCACAGGUCACUGUUUGGCCAUCGAGCCAACAUUAGAGCUCACAGGUCACCGUUUGGCCAUCGAGCCAAAAUUAGAGAUCACAGGUCACCGUUUGACCAUAGAGCCAACAUUAGAGCUCACAGGUCACCGUUUGGUCAUAGAGCCAAUAUUAGAGCUCACAGGUCACCGUUUGGCCAUAGAGCCCACAUUAGAGUUCACAGGUCACCGUUUGGUCAUAAAGCCAACAUUUGAGCUCACAGGUCACUGUUCGGUCAUAGAGCCAAUAUUACAGCUCACAGGUCACCAUUUGGUCAUAGGGCCCACAGAGCUCACAGGUCACCGUUUGGCCAUAGAGCCCACAGAGCUCACAGGUCACCGUUUGGUCAUAGAGCCAAUAUUAGAGCUCACAGGUCACCGUUUGGUCAUAGAGCCAACAUUAGAGCUCACAGGUCACCGUUUGGUCAUAGAGCCAACAUUAGCUAACCAAUCAAAUGGUGGCCAGCUCCUCCUGAGGCCACAGCUCUAG